UUAAAAAAUUGAUGUCAAAAUUUGUUUUUACAUAUGUUUUGGAAAAUAAAAUUCUAAACAAGACAAAAAAAGGAAACAGAACAAGAUUAAUUUAGUUAAAGAUUAGUUCAGAGCGGCACUGGCCAAAGGGCAGCAGCUCCAGCAAGGGUCAAACUCUAACCAACCAACCUAGGGAACUGGGAGGAAGGCAGCGGUCCUCACCUCAUCCUUCAAUUUCUCCAUUUUCUAGCAACUAUUUCAGGGAAUAAAUCAAUGACCUUUGGUGAGGAGCACCCACACUGGCAGUCCAGAAUUCCUGGGGUCCCAAAGGGCAAAGAGGUAUACAGUACCGCCAAAAAUGCUUCUGUUGCAAGAGGUCCAGAUGCUACAAACUCUACACCGAUCCCUGGCCAAAAGCAUCCCAGAGUCCCUGAAGGUGUAUGGCUCCAUUUUCUACAUAAAUCGGGGAAACCCCUUCAACCUGGAAGUUCUAGUGGACUCCUGGCCAGAGUAUCAGACCGUCAUUACCCGGCCUCAGAAAGAGGAGAUGACCGAUGACAUGGAUCUUUAUAGAAACACUUAUCACAUCUUCACCAAAACUCCCGAGAGAUUGCCAGAGAUACUGGAAUCUAAUGAAGUCAUCAACUGGGAUCAGAUUCUCACUAUCCAAGCUUGCCAACAGGGUUUGCAUGAAAAGAUAAAAAGGGUUGCGACUUCAAAGUCAAUACAAAUAGAAUACUCCAAAAGAUGUCUCUAUAUGACAGAAGCUAUUCUUCAACUGAAGUCUUCCAAGAAGAGAAUAUUUGGGAGAUCCCAUGAAACAGCUGUCCAAAAUACUGAAGAGUUUAGGAGCAAAGUUGAUCAUUUCAAACCUACAUUUCUGGAUGUCUCCCAUUCAGAGCUGGUGAACAACAACUGGAAAUUUGGAAAGAAUGAGAAGAGCUUGAGAUAUAUCAAAAGCUGUCUCCAGAACUUUCCUGGAUAUUGUCUGCUCAAUCCUGAGGGGAAUCCCAUAUCCUGGUCUGUGAUGGAACCGUCAUGUGAAUUGAGAAUGGCCUAUACCCUGCCAGAAUAUCGAGGCAGGGGCUUAACAGGGAAACUGAUGAAUCCAUAUAUGAAAUAUCUUUAUCAGAACAAAAUUCCUUUUUAUCUUAAUGUAGAAGACAUGAAUGAGAACUCCCAUAAAGCAGUGAGGCGCCUUGGUUUCCAUGCCAUGCCUUGUGAUUGGCAUGAAUGGAAAAGCAUCCCGACUAUAUUUCAGUAAUUGCCCCAUUCCUAAUUCGGUCUGAUGCCACCUGCUGUCAGUCUUGAGCUAUGUAAUCCACUUGUAUUUUAUCUCAUUUGGAGAUUGUGUUGUCUCUGUCUCAGCCAGAGUAGAAGAGCAACAGCCACUUGUUAUCCCAUCCUUACUGCGGAUAUGCACAGAAGUCUUGACCUGCUCCAUUUCCAACCUGGGCCAGGUUAUCCCUUCCUCGGUGUCUCGGUGUCCUCAUGAUCUCAGAGGUCAGAAGUGGUUCAGAUGUCUCAUUGGCCUUUGUGCUACUGCAGCUCAGAAAUCCUGAGCUCAAGCCAUCCACCAGCCUCCUAGAAGCACAGAUAAGAAUGUGCUUCCAACCCAGCCCCCUCCACCACUUUUAGCAGAGCCUCUAAAGAUAGCAUCCAUUGGGGUCAACCUUUGAAUACGUAGGCAACUGCUCUCCAUUUAGGGAGGCUAUUGCAUGAAGCUCUAAUACCUCCCAUACUUCAGCCUAAAUCCUUGAAACAUCCCUGGUAGUCCCUCAAUCCCAGAAGGCUCUCUCUUCUCCUUUCCACCUUCUAGCAUCCCUGGUUUUCUUUAAGACUGAGCAGCGAGGUGUCACAGUGGAUAAAGCACCAGCCCUAUAUUCAGGAAGACCUGAGUUCAAAUCUGGCCUCAGACACUUGACAUUUAUUAGCUGUGUGACCCUGGGCAAGUCACUUAACCCCCAUUGCCCCCCCCCCAAAAGAGUGAGCUAAAGUCCCAUCUUCAAUACGAGAUUUUUCCUAGUUCUCCUCCAUCCCCUGACAGUGCCUUUUCCUCUCGGGUUAUCUUCAAUUUACUCUGUAUAUAUCUGGUAUUUUCUCUUAUCUCCUCUAUUUGGAUUUUGGUUUGUUUGGGGUUUUUUUGUCUGUUUUUGUGUGUGUCCUAAUCCUAAAAAAAAUAGCAAAUAAAUUGGGAUUGUCCAUAUACAUAAUAUAAUAUUCAUACAAAACUGCACAUUUCCACUGUGUACAACUUGCCUUGCUUUUAAAUGUACUAUAAAUUCAACAUG